AUGUUUAUUUCAGUACAAGAACAGUCAAAAUCUAACACAAACGACCCCUCACCGUCAGAUCGAUUGGCCAAAUCUUGUUCUACCUCCUUCUCGCUUGCUGACUUCAGUGUAACACCACCACCCACUAACUUCGAACAUAUUCAUGUUGCAACUCUGAAGAAUUUUGUUCUCUCUUCUGUCUCGUCGCCGAAUAUACUACCGCCUCCUAUGGGUACUUCGGCUGGCAAUGAAGUUGACUCAAAAUUUGGUCGCCGAGGUGAAGAAUUCGUCUAUCGAUAUCUAGAAUGGAAACACCCUAAAAAAACAAUUGAAUGGGUCAAUCAACAGCAAGAAUCUGGGAAACCAUUCGACAUUCGAAUCAUUGACACGACUGCAAACAAUAAAAUCGAAUUGAUCGAAGUCAAAACAAGUCGAUCGUCUAAUCAAAAUACAUUUCAAAUAUCUAUCAAUGAAAUAGAGUGUUUACUUGCCAAUCAAACAAACUAUCAUAUCUAUCGGCUUUAUUAUCCUGAUGAUGAAAACUCUUCCACAAUCACGAUUCUCAGCCAGUUGAAAGUUCGACUACAACAAAAACAACUGGUACUUUCAAUGACACUUAUAGACAAAAACGAUGAAUAA